AUGAACGAUCGCCGUUAUCCGUCGUCCGAGGAAUCGGACAACGAAUUGCGCUGUCGCGGGCCCAUGCCUAAGUUUUUGUCCGAUUCGGACGACGAAUCGGCGAGAGUCGAAGCACCGUUGUCGAGUGCGCGCGCGUCGGUUGCGAAGGAGGACCCGCGAUGGAAUCUGGCUACCCAUCAUCUGCGAAGGGAAAUCGGAGCGCGAAUCCAUCGCGAGCGAAAGUGGAUAGAGACGACGGUGGCGAACUCCGUCAGGGCGAACGAUUAUAUGCGUCGCCUGCCGCUCAAGUAUUAUGUCUAUCACGAGUCGGUGUACGGAGGAAGGAGCAGGAUAUAUCGGGUUCAAACCGCCUGGUCUCGUCGUCUUUUCGACCGAGUGAAGUUCAACGUUCCCGAGGACGUCCGCGACUUGGACGGGUACCGCGCGUGGAGACGGCGAUGCGACGAGUGUCUCCAAUUCCUGCGGGAGCAGUGUCGAGUCAAACGCUCCGGGAAGCGAGGAAACACAGGAACCGUGAGCGCUCUGGUGGCUCUGAUAGCGCGAUUGGAAGGUGCGAGGGAGGAUCUGCGUCGACGAUUCGAACGCGCCGUAGGUGCCGGCUUGGACGGAGGGGAAGGUGGUAGCGGCGGCAGCAGCGACAGAGGUUUCUCGUGGAUCGAGAUCGACGCGGCGUUCCAACGUCGCGUGCUGACCGGCGCCGUGACGAACUCGACGUACAUCGAGCCCGCGCGAUUUCUCGACGACGCGAAGGGCACCGUGCUCGAAAAGGUCCGGGAUAAUAUGACCGAACACAGGUGUCUGAAGGUCAACGUCAUAUUCAACGGGGAAUUCGUAGCGGACGUUAAGACCGACGUGAAGAGUAUCGCUACGCGGAACGAACAGCUUGUCCCAGAGUCCGAUCUGAGCGAGUGGUACGAUAGGCACGUGCGCGACGCGAUUCUAACGCGGUUGGAAGAAUUUCAGGAACGCGACAGCGGAUGGGCGUUGUCGCGAAUAUUGAACCUAAUCGUGAACGUGAACAAGUGUAAUCCCAUGCGCGUAGGAUGUUGGAUGAAAAUACCGCUGGGUAUAAGACUUAAAAAGGCGGUGGUCAACGUGCCGUCGGAGAACGACGCGUGUUUCGCGCGCGCGGUGGUCGCCGCUCUGUAUCCCGCCGAGCGGCACGCGGAACGAUGCGGCUCGUAUCCCGAUUACGCGACGGUGCUGAAUCUCGACGGGAUCAAUUUUCCCAUAGAUCUGAAAAAGAUCGAAAAAUUUGAACGUCAGAACGACGUAUCGAUCAACGUGUUUACAACUCGGGAAGGAAUUGAAAAGAAAGCUAAGUUCGGCCGGGGCGCCGAUCACAACGCGAUCGUGCCUCUGCGGUUGACCGACGAUAAGCGGGACAGGCACGUAAAUCUGCUGUAUCUGCGCGAUACGCUGCGCGGCGUCAACAGGGGCCAUUUCGCCUGGAUAAAGAAUCUGUCGCGAUUGGUGAAUUCGCAAUUGACAGCGAAACGGUACGCGAAGCACGUUUGCGAUCGAUGUCUACACUAUUUCUAUACGCGCGACAAGUUGGUUGCCCACAGCGUCGACUGCGGCCGAAUGAACGACUACGCCGUCGUUCUCCCGAACGAGAGCGACAAGUGGCUGUCUUUCGACAAUUACGUCAGAAAGGAGCGACUUCCCUUCGUGAUGUACGCGGAUCUGGAGUGUUUUCUCGAACGACGGGAGAGGGAAAACGUCGAAGGGGGCACGAGAACGGAAAGAUACGCUUAUCAGCGUCACGUACCGUUCAGCGUGGGCUAUUAUCUGUGCUGCACAUACGACGAUACCGCGUCCGCGUACAGAUAUCGUCGCGGCGAGGAUUGCGUUUCGUGGUUCGUGAACGAGCUUCGCGUUCUCGCGCGUCGCGUUAAGAAUAAAUUUUCCACCAAUAUAGCGAUGGUGAAACUUACGGAGGACGAGAAAAGCGAAUUUCUGUUUGCGACUCAUUGUCACGUGUGCGGGAAACCGUUUCAACCGGAGGACAAGCGCGUGCGGGAUCACUGUCACCUAACCGGACGUUACAGAGGUCCGGCGCAUUCUCGUUGCAAUCUAAAUUACAGAAACGUUUACGUGAUUCCCGUGUUCUUUCACAAUUUGUCGGGUUACAACGCGCACUUCGUCGUCGAGAAAAUCGCGAACGAUUUCGAGGGCGGGGUCGAUCUGCUGCCGCUCACGAAGGAAAGCUACAUAUCUUUCUCAAAGACCGUUAAGGAGACGCAGACGGACGGGGGAUGGGAUCGGUACGUGAAGUUUCGAUUCGUGGACUCGUAUAAAUUUUUAGCGGCGAAUAUCGAAACCCUGGCGUCCUAUUUGAACAGGGACAAGCUGAGAAUCACGCGUUCGGAGUACGCGGAUUUGAGCGCGAAGGAUCUCGAUCUGCUCACUCGCAAGGGAGUGUUUCCGUACGAGUACGUCGACGGCGCGGACAAACUGCGGGAUACCGAGCUUCCACCGCGCGAGGCCUUUUACAGCUCCCUGACCGACGAGACCGCGAGCGAGAGCGACUACGAGCACGCGACGAGGGUCUGGCGACGUUUUCGCGUGCGAGAUCUCGGCGAGUACAGCGAUCUGUAUCUCAAGACCGACGUGCUUCUUCUGGCGGAUAUAUUUGAAAAUUUUCGGGACGCGUGUUCGGCGAGUUACGGGCUCGAUCCCGCGCAUUACUACACGUUGCCGGGGUACACGUGGGACGCCAUGCUGAGGUACACCGGCGUGCGUUUCGAGCUGCUCACCGACAUCGACAUGGUGCUGUUCGUGGAACGCGGAAUACGCGGCGGCCUCAGUCAAUGUUCGCUUAGGUACGCGCGAGCCAACAACAAGCACGUACCGACGCACGACUCGUCCCAGCCCACUACGUAUCUCAUGUAUUACGACGUAAACAAUCUGUACGGCUGGGCUAUGAGCGAAUCGUUGCCCUACGCGAAUUUCCAGUGGCUCGACGAUCCUGAGAAUUUCGACGCGACGACCGUGCCGACGGACAGCGACGUCGGUUACAUUUUGGAGGUGGAUCUCGAGUACCCGCGAGACCUGCACGACGCCCACGCGGAUCUGCCGUUGUGCCCGACGCGUAUGCGUCUGACGCGCGUUCGUCGCGUUCUGCGAUUCGCCCAGUCGCCGUGGCUUCGCGUCUACAUCGAGCUGAACACCGCGCUUAGGACGCGCGCGAGCAACGAGUUCGAACGGAAUUUGUACAAACUGAUGAACAACGCCGUCUUCGGCAAGACUAUGGAGAACGUGCGCGAUCACGUGGACGUGCGUCUCGUGACGCGAUGGGACGGGAGAUACGGCGCGGAGGCGUUGAUCGCUAAGCCAAAUUUUCACAGCAGGAGCGUCUUCUCGGAGAAUCUGGUGGCGAUCGAGCUGCGAAGGCUCGAGGUAACAUUCAACAAGCCGAUCUACGUGGGUUCGACACAAGCGAUUACGCGGAGAACAACGCGCAACGUGGGUAUGCCGCGCGUCAACAAGAAGGUGCUAGGUUUGAUGAAGGACGAGAACAACGGCGCGAUCAUGACGGAAUUCGUGGGCCUCAGAGCGAAGAUGUACACUUACAAGGUACUCGGACGCGACGACACCAAGAGAAUAAAGGGCGUCAAGAGAAAUGUAGUCGCAAAGAGGAUCACGUUCGAGGAUUACGUGGAGUGCCUGCGGAACGCGCGCGAGCUGAAGACGCGCCAGUCGUGCAUACGCUCGACGUUGCACGAGGUUGACACCGUGUCGGAGCAAAAACUAGCCCUCAGUCCGCACGACAACAAGCGAUACGUGACGUCGAACG